CAUGGAAGGAGGAAUGCUUCACCAAACGUCUAGGAGCGACAAGGGGUAUGCCUUUCACUUCGAGAGUCGAGUCUGGGGAACGUGGUAGACGAAGAAAUCAAUGCAUUGAGGUCGACUGCCUGACUGUGGACUCUUCACGGUCAGCGCCAGAGAUGAAACGGCUUCCAAGGAUGUUCAAAGAAACUGGAGGCGGACUCGGAUCGUGCGCCACAUUGUUGCCGCAAAACCACCAUGUCGUUACGGAAAUCUCGUAUUCUGAAGCGGCGGUUCUCGUCAAACUCAAUAAAUACUUCCUGGAAUAAUGCCUUUGCGGCUCUUUCUUCAUCUGGGAUCAACACUCCGCGGGGACGAAGGCUCAGAAAACAAAACGACGACGUACAAUCAGAUCCCGACACUCCUUAUGAAUACAUUCACCCAGGAGAGGAUGAAGGACUCGGGAUCGAUGACUCGACUUCUAAUCUCCAUCUAAACUCUCAUCAUCAUCUAUUUUAUCCUCAUGCAGACCAAGUUCCGCUCACUUACGCGUCUUUGCCGCCGACACCCAUUUCACGCUCUCCCUCACCGCUGCCUUUACCUCUUUCUCCGUCACCUUCCGAGUAUGUCUCUCUACAGCGGCAACAGCAGUACCAAGCUCCUUUCUCGCUGUGGGAUUAUCUCAGGGAAGAGCUGUUGGCGACAGACUUUGAUUCGCACCAAGAACUAAAAUGGGAGCGGGUUUCGAACUUUUUAAGCAUUCCACUGGCAAUGGAGAAGAUCAUAGGUUUUGGGUUUAUUCUAUGUUUUGAUUCAUUCUUAUACACAUUCACCGUGUUACCCAUUCGCACCGCCAUAGCAGUCUUCUGUCUCGUGAAGAAUUUAUUUUCUUCAUCCGCGUCAUCCCUGCCGCCCUCCCAGAAAGCGGACAUCCUCCGGACACUCCUCCUCAUUUUGACGGUUGCGAUACUGGUUCCCCUUACAGACGCUAGCAAGAUUUACCACUUUGUGCGCGGACAGGACACUAUCAAACUAUAUGUCAUCUUCAAUGCACUCGAGAUUGGUGACCGACUGUGUGCUUCAAUAGGGCAAGACAUUCUCGACUGUCUCUUUUCUCGGUCUACGCUCGAGCCUCUGUCACAUCGUGUACCAUUUUCCUCUCAUACCUUUCGGCCACUGGUGUUUUUCCUUCUUGCUACAGUGUACAAUGUCUUGCAUUGCAUUGUCAUGGUCUAUCAACUCAUUUCUCUCAAUGUUGCCGUGAACUCCUACGAUAAUGCUCUGCUUAGUCUACUUAUCUCAAAUCAGUUUGUCGAGAUCAAGGGAAGUGUGUUCAAGAAAUUCGAAAAGGACGGUUUAUUCCAGAUUACCUGCGCUGAUAUUGUCGAACGGUUCACGCUAACGCUGAUGCUCGGUAUCGUCGCCUUUCGAAAUCUCAUCGAACUCAGUGGGUCGGAGUUCGAUUUUGACACCGGUGGUUUUGUUCUGCCAAAGAGCUUUGGAUGGUUUUGGUUCAGAGGUCAUAAGACGAUCAACUUCCUCUGGACGAUAUCUUAUCCGGUACUGACGGUGAUGAUUUCAGAGAUGCUUGUCGAUUGGCUGAAGCAUGCUUUCAUCACAAAGUUCAAUCACAUCAGACCCUCGGUCUAUGAAAGGUUCACAGACGUCCUAUGUCGCGAUCUUGCAAGCGGUAGCGCUGUUGGUAGACGGGGUGCAAGAAAACAUACAUAUGUCGAUCAAUCCCCUCUAGUUGCUCGUCGGCUGGGAUUCUCCUCCCUACCUCUGGCCGUGCUUGCCAUCCUCAUUUUCUAUCAGUCUCUUAGUCUAUUGUUCUCUCUUCCCUCAGCAACCUCCGGCUCGUUUAGUCCAGCGGGCAUCUGGGACACAGAAAGUCCAGUCACUCGAGGAUCCUUCGACUUUACAAAUGAGGAGCUCCUGAGAUGUGCAACAUGGAUUUUCUUGGGAGUACUAAUUUGGCUUUGUUUUGUCGUGAUCAAGAUUAUCAUUGGUGUGAACCUUAUCAGUUAUGCUACGCGAAGGCGCGCCGGGAUGGAGGCUCGGGCGGCGGAAGACGUAGUGAAUGAUUUCGGUAGAGAUCCAGUCGGGGAAGGUAAAGAAGAACGGCAAUACAAUCGUGAACUGAAAACCCUUCUGGACAACCAGAGGGACGAUAUGUCUCCUACAGCUGAGAUAGGUGAAAAUCCCCCGAGGAAUAACAAUGAUGGCAGGGGUAGAGGCAAGAAGGGAAGAAUACCUUUAGAGGAGUUGACGAGGUAUACGAUGGUGAAGCGGAUAUGGUAGACCCGUGUCAGGCUGUACUAUGGAAUAUCAUCAUUAUUCUGUGUACGAUAAGUCUC